AUGACACAGAAAAUUGAGAAAUGGAAGGUCGCUGAUAGACUAACAAUGUCGGAUCAUCGGGCUAUACACUUCGAAAUACUCUGUCGUCCGAAACGCACUAAUAGUCAGAGGCUAGUAAGAAUUCCUGAGAAUACGGAUCAGGUAACGUACUUGACGUUGUUGACGGAAUUAUUACAAAACAGGCUGCUGAAGAAACUCAAGACCACAUGGAAUGUAGAGACAGAAGUCAAAGCAAUUACUGCUGCGAUGAUUAAUGCAUUCGAAAACGCUUGUCCCCAAACCAGCAUUGCAGAAAAGUCUUCGACACCUUGGUGGAGUCAGGAUCUUGAUGUAAUAAAAAAGGAGACAAGGAAAGCCUUUAAUAAAUACAUGAGGGAGAAGAACUCCGAAUCAUGGGACCUGUAUAAGGCCAAAAAGCGUGAAUUUAAGAAAACACUACGCAACCGGAAACGGGAGUCGUGGCGGAAUUUCUGUUCGAGCAUGAAGGGGACCUCUGAACUAAAUCGGUUACAAAAGAUGGUCACCAAAGAUCCGGUCUCAAGACUUGGUUUAAUCCGAAAGAAGGAUGGUACAAUGACGGAGACAGUAGGUGAGUCAUUGAGUACUCUCAUGGAGAUUCAUUUUCCAGGAAGUUUCAAAGAGAGAUCCACAGAGACUGCCCUGCACGAAGUCGUGAGGAUAGCUGAGAGAUAG